AUGAAUUUCAAUUUUGGAGGUCCAUCUCAUUUAUCAUCUUCUAAUUCAUCAUCAUUUUCCGACAAUGAAAUUGAUGAUGAGGAAUUGAUGAAUGAUCUUGAAGCGAUUGAUGUAGAGCAAGAAGCAAUCCUUCGCAUGAGAGCUAACAACAACCUCCUCCUCCUUCACUAUCUCAAUCAACAAAACAACCAGGUGAUUCGUAGAGGACCAAAUCCUGGUCAUAGAGUCAUCAAUCGCAAUCGGGAAACUGCUGAUCGUAAUCUGUUCAACGAUUAUUUUGCCGAUAAUCAUGGACAAUAUGUUGGUCGUAGUGGUUCCCCAACUAUUAUUCUUGAGGCUGUAGCUGAUUAUGAUCCUUGGAUAUGGCAUGCAUUUUUUGGUUUGCCGGGUUCCAACAAUGACAUUAAUGUGUUGGAGGCAUCUCAUUUGUUUGCCAACCUAACUCAAGGUAUUGCUCCUUCUGCUCAUUAUAUCAUUCAAGGAAAAGAGUAUAAUAUGGGUUAUUAUUUAGCUGAUGGUAUAUACCCAAAGUGGUCUACUCUUGUGCAAACUAUUCACGAUCCACGUGGUCCAAAAAAAAAAUUAUUUGCAAUGAAACAAGAAGGAUGUAGGAAAGAUGUGGAACGUGCGUUUGGGGUUCUCCAAUCGCGGUUUGCAAUUGUGGCAGGACCGACACGUUUUUGGGGAAAAAAAAAAUGUAUUACAUGA